AUGUCUUCCCUCAAUAUUGCAACUCUGCCGCGCAUUAGUCGUGAUGCCCUAGCCGCGCAGCUUAAGGCCGGCACCACCCCCGCCAAGCUAGUCAUCAUCGACGUCCGCGAUUCAGAUCAUGUCGGUGGCCACAUUCGCUCCUCAACUUGGGUCCCCAGCUCAACACUUGAUGUCCGCAUGCCAGAGCUUGUCCGCACUCUCAAAGACACCGAGACCGUUAUCUUCCAUUGUGCCCUCAGCCAGCAGCGUGGUCCUUCUGCCACUCUGCGCUAUGCGCGAGAGCGUGAGAGUACUCUUGGUGCAGAGGAGAGCCAGAAGCAGGAUAUCCGUGUUCUGGAAGGUGGAUUCGUUGAAUGGCAGGAGAAGUAUGGCAAGGAUGAAACAUUGACCGAGUCAUACGUGGAAGACAUUUGGCAAGAUUACUAG